CUCUGAACAAUCCACAGUACAAAGUUCCCUCUCAUCUCAUCCAGAUGGCUCAGGAUGAAAACAUCAAGCUGCAACAGAAGCGUGAGGAGUUUGAAGCCAGAAAUAACACGGUGGAGCUGUGUUUGCACCUGGCACCUUCCUACAGGCUGGAGAACGGAGCUCUGCAGCCCAUCAGCAAAGAACUAAGUGGGACCACUGCCCUGAGCUUCGACCAGAGGAAGACUGUAGGAGAUCUGCGCCUCGCUGUUUAUCAGAUGCAGGAGCUCUGGGAAAGAGACAUGGCUCUGACUGUGGCCAAGAGCCUGCCUGCAGGUCUACAUCUCUACAAUACUCUCACAGAUGACAGUGUGUCCCUGUACAGCGCAGGAAUCGUCACAAACACUGAUCUUUUUGUGUGGAAUGGUCGAGAGGUUUGUGGAGUGACCYUCCCAGUGGGAGCCGAGUGGGAACCAGUCUUGCUGACUGUUGUCCGUCCCUCUUUGGGCGAAGACGCCGAGGUGCAAAACGGGGUCGAGUGCGACAAAAGUGGCGAAGACUUCGAAAGUGGGGGACCAGGACUUAAAAGGGAAGCAAGGGGGUUUGCGGGCGGCGCGACCCUCGGGGAGGUGAGGGAGGCACUCGGGGAGCYUAAGGAGAGUCUGCUCUGCCAGGAGCAUAAAGAGGGAAAGGUGGGGGAACAGAGGGCAGGGGAGGGAGGGGGUGCAAGCGGGUGGAAAGUGUUCCCCCCCGACGACAUGCAUCGGACCCUGAAGGAGCUGUCGCUGAGCGAUGGAGACGCCCUGUUGGUGCUGCAGCCGGAGCUGUUUGACAGCAGCGUGUUCACCAGGAACGGAGACGUCGUCACCGUGACCACGCCGUCGGACUGCCGCUGGCUCCAGGUGGAGUUUCGACCGCAAUUAAAAGGAGGUGAAGAGGAAAAAGAGGAGGAGGAGAGGAAGAGAAUCAAGGUUCCAGCCACAGGAAGUAUGCUGCUGUGUGAAGUGAAACAGAGAGCCUUGGAGGAGCUGCAGCUGCAGGAGCAGCCUUCAGGUGCACAGUACUGUCUGAGACAGGUGGACUGCACAGGGAAACUCCUUCCUCCAGUGUGUGAGGAGCUGAGUGUUCGGGACGCAGGCGUGCGGCUCAUGACCACACUGACUCUCUGUCCUGGAAAUAGCCCCAGGGAAUCACAGCUGUUCUUGCACUUCACUGUGGGCUCUGCUCCCUCUGCUGGCAUGGAGAUGGACAUUAUUGUGGAGAAAACUUGCACUGUCAAAGAAUGUCUCAAAGCAAUGCUAGAAGCUGUUGGGCUUGAUGGUACCUGUUGGCACUUAAGGAAGCUGGAUUGGUGUGAGGAGGUUGGAGAACCACUUAUGGAUGAGGAUGUGUCUCUGUCUGAGCUGAAGAUUACCAGUGGAGAGACAUUAGUUGUUACAGAGGGACUUUUGCCUCCAAAGGGCUUUCUGAAGCUCUCUGUCUGGUCGUUUGUGGAUCCAAGACAUCUGGAAACAGAUUUUAAUCUGACAGAUGACCGUCCUGCAGGGGGCCCUACAGAUGAAACACACACUCAGUCACCUCCUCUCUGCGGUGGAAACACCACGAAGCUGAGAAACCUGGGCCAGGUCGAGAUAUCAGAUGAAGCCACUCUGGAGGAGCUCAAAACUCAGAUCUUGACGCUGCCGACACUUCAGGAUCUGUUUGUACCAGCCUGUGGGUUUCUUCGUGUGUGGCAGAUGGAGGGAUGGAGGCUGGCUCGUAUUCUCAGAGGACAGCGAACCGCACUCAGGAAGUUGAAGCUGACCAGUGGUGCCGACAUCUGUGUGCAGCAACUACUGAAGGAGGAAGAUCUUGGUCCUAAGCAAGUAGUGCUGAAUGUUAAGAUGGGUGUUCCAGGGGAGAGGUGUUUCUACCCUGUAGAGGAGCUGGUUUGGGAUGCGUCCCAUGAUUCCUCUCCUCGUUCACUGCGCACCUGUCUGGCUGCACACUAUGGCCUCUCACCUGAUUCUCUGCUGCUGGCCAAACACCAUCCAGAAAGACACACAUGGGAAGAAAUCUCCAACUGGACCCAGCAGGUUUCCAAAAAGAGGAAGAAGAAAAAGGCAGAAUCACUUUUAGGACCACCGUUCCACUUCAAAGAUGGUGAUGUGGUUGGCAUCAAGAAUCUCUUGAUUGACAACAACAGAGACUUUAUCACUGCGGAGGAUGAGCAGGGCCAGCAGAGGCUCAGGGAGCAGGCGGAGCAACGCAGGAAAGGAGAUCAGRCUUCAGCCUCUAAUGAAGCUGGAAGAACCAAACCCCGGAAGCCAGAGGCGCCGUUAUCAAUCAGUGUUGGAGUUUUCAGAUAGCACUCACAACCAGGACUUGUAAUGAGGCAGUGAGACGCCAUGUUGCUUUUACGACAAUCCGACUCCAUCAGUCUUGUGCAGUUUGAGUUUUGUAGAACAGCGCUAGUCUUUGUGAAGUGCCACAUAAAUCAUAUAUUUAUUUUUGCUUUUUAUCUUUGUGGUGCAUCAAAAGAAUGAUUUGAUUUUUUGUUUUUGUGCUGUGAUUUGGAUUUUCUUUUCUCAGCGUUACAGCUUUUAGACGAUCCGUCUGUUUUCUCAUCACUACAAACUGUUCCAAACUGACCAACCACACCUCUUUAACAAGAAAUCCUUUGAGGAAACCUUUUUUUUAUAUAUAGUUACAUGGAUCAAAAGGUAAUUAGAUGCAGUACAUUUACCAGGUAAUUUCUGUUAGUGUUUAUAAAAAGAUAUUUAUCUGAUUAUGAUUGUUAACUAGAGUUUCUAUUAACUAAAAGGUUAGAAAUGUACAUUGAUGAUUCUCACUUUUUCCUCUUCAAUAAAACCUUUCUUGUAUAAAAAGCCACUUAAAGAGAGAACUGCCUUCAGAAAAAGCCUCAUAAAGUACAGUUAGUAAUUCCUUUUUUCUAAUGAACCCAUCACUGUGUGAGCAGUAACUGGAUUUCUACACUUGUUUUCAGGGAGAUGAGAGAUAGGCCUUAAUGUGGAGGAGCUUUGUCGCUGCUCUGUUCCCUACCUCACUCUCAGACUCUCCCUCUCCUCCUCUUCUACCUCUUGUAACAAUCUUUUACUCUGAACGGUUUCUCUGCUCUGAUCAAAAUAAAUCCCAACAAUUUAACGUUUAAAGAAAUGUUUAAUUCUUCAGCUUUGUGCAUUUAACUAUGCUGGCUGUACUGUAUGGAGCUCAGAGUUUUUUUUAAUCUAAAAAGAUUUUUUGAUGAAUUUGUUUACUCCUGCUUAAGAAACUUUUUGUAACACUUGAUUAUUUGAAUGUGAGGAUCCAUGGGAUUUCAUAUUAUGAUUUCAGGAGAUGAUUUGAUGUUUUUACAUGCAUGCAUUACAUCUGAACUUCAGGGAAUUAAGAUUCUUUUAAUUUACGGUUUUUGGAUAAAAAAGUGAAUUUUUGAUGCUGCUUCUCAUCUGUCUGGCCUUGGUAAGUGUCAAGAAUUUGCUAAAAAACAUGUUUUGUAAUUUGUAUCCUGGGUGGAAUUACAUUUUGUGUUUUUAAGAUAACGUUCUAGUGUUACUGAUACAUUUUAUGUUGCAUUGAUAAGAACUGAUCUGCUGUAACGAUGCAGUGGAAAUCUGUUUGUAUCCAUGUCGAGCUGCGCUUGCAGAGCAUAUUUUAUGAACAAUAAAUAAACGGUGGUAUUUGUGUGCAAUCCUUUAA